AUGGCCGCCAUGCCCGCAUGCUUCCUCCUCCUCCUCGCCCUCCCCUUCCUCUCCGCGGCCCAGUCCCGCCCUUUCGGAGGGGCGCCGCCGGGGUACGCGCGGUACGUGUCGGACGCGUCGGAGACGGCGGCGGAGGAGGAGUACGACUACAUCGUGGUGGGCGGCGGCGCCGCGGGGUGCCCGCUGGCCGCCACGCUGGCGGGGCCCGGGGGCGGCCGCGUGCUGCUGCUCGAGCGCGGCGGCGCGCCCGCCGAGUUCCCCGCGCUCGCCACGGCCGGCGGCUUCGUCAGGACGCUCGCGCUCGCCGACCCCUCCCCCGAGUCCGACGCGCCCGCGCAGGGGUUCAGUUCAGAGGACGGCGUCGCCAACGUGCGCGCCCGGGUGCUCGGCGGCGGCACCGCCAUCAAUGCCGGCUUCUACUCACGCGCGCACCCGGGCUGGUUUUAUGGACACGGAGAGGGUGUUGAGGUGCCGGACUGGGAUAUGCAUUUGGUGAACGCAUCCUACGAGUGGGUGGAGCAGGAGCUGACGUUCCAGCCGGAGGUGCAUGGGUGGCAGGCGGCAGUGAGGGCCGCGCUGCUGGAAGCUAAUGUGACGCCGUGGAACGGAUUCACCGUGGACCACGUCACUGGAACUAAGAUUGGUGCCACCACCUUCGAUGCAUCGGGCCGGCGCCACAGUGCGGCGGACCUCCUUGCUUUUGCCCGUCCUGGCCGUCUCCGUGUCGCUGUCCGUGCUACGGUUACGCGUGUCAUCAUUAACCCUAUUGAUCCAGCCGAUCGCCGUGGAAGGUCACGACCAGCAGUAGGAGCAGUUGGCGUUGUGUACCAAGACCAUCUUCUACAGCAGCACCAUGCCCUGUUGCGUCCAGGUGGGGAGGUUAUACUUUCUGCAGGUGCCCUAGGAAGUCCCCAGUUGCUCCUUCUGAGUGGCAUUGGCCCUGCUAGCGAUCUUGCAUCCCUUGGCAUCUCUGUUUCUGCUGAUGCCCCUGAUGUUGGGAAGCAUAUGUUUGACAACCCUCGUAAUGGCAUCUCCAUCAUCCCAUCAGUCCCUAUUGAUCACUCGCUUAUCCAGGUAGUUGGCAUCCCUUCUGCUAAUGGGACUGCCUCCUACCUUGAGGCCGCGUCAUACAUCGUCCCCCUUGCUCCCAUGCUGCGCCCUGGCCCUUUUAUGAGCCCGUCUUCUCCACUCUAUGUUACUAUGGCAACUAUCAUGGAAAAGGUUCCUGGCCCAUUGUCUGAGGGUUCACUCUGGCUAUCAUCACCCAAUCCGCUGGAGACCCCCUCUGUGCGGUUCAACUACUUCAGCCGUCCCGAGGACUUGGCGCAGUGUGUCGUGGGCGUGCGCCGUGUGGCACAAGUGCUCCGGAGCAGGACAAUGGACAUAUUUCGUUCGCCAUUAGGAUCUUCGAGCCAAGGUAGGAGAGGGCCUGUUAGGAGGGACUUCAGAAUUGUUGGGGCAACACUGCCACUUGACUGGAGUACAAACGACACGUCCGUGGCAGAUUUCUGCAAGCGAACCGUGACAACGCUGUGGCAUUAUCAUGGAGGGUGUGUAGUUGGAAGGGUCGUUGACAAGGAUUUCCGAGUUACUAGCGCGCGCUAUCUUCGCGUGGUGGAUGGAUCAACAUUCAGCGUGACACCUGGGACAAAUCCUCAAGCCACGAUCAUGAUGAUGGGCAGGUACGUGGGGCUGAAGAUGAUUGGGGAUCGGCACAGCAGAAGACUAGUGAACAACACAUCAUCAUAACCAACACACUCCCAAUGCUUCUGAACAUCCAAUAACACCAAGUAUUUCAGUGACAUCCUACAAAGUGCGCCGUAUUGCCCUACCAUACAUCCAGUGCAUAACAUACUGCCACUGCUACUUUUUUGUUAGUGAUACAAAACGUGUAGGGGUAAUAAUGAUCUGUAUAUACUACUGUACAGUGAUAAGCAUGAAUGAGGAAAGGAAAG